ACGACCAUUACAUAGAAUAUUUCAUUGGAAAACACAAGAACAAAUAGUACAAUCGAAAUAGGCAAUGAUUCACUCGAAAUAUAUGAGCUUACUUUCUGAACCCUAUAUAAGCAUCAAAAUCUUUGUGAUCAAAGGAUAUUAAAAUUUUGCGACAUUCACUGUUUGGUGGCGCUUAAUGUUAUUCGAGCACAUAGGGCACGCUUCCGGCAGUUAUCCACACGGGAUGAUAGGGUGAAUUCUUGCCAUAGCUAUCCUGCGCUCACUGUAGGAACGGCGAGCGUGAAGUGUCGGAGAAUCGAGAGAUUUGUUUCACGGUUUCACUUUCUGCCUCGCCGCAUCGUAUCCUCGCCAAGACAUCGUGCGGGGCGAACGAUGGACGACGAGCUGGAGGGCGAAGUUGUACAGGAGAUCUUCUGGGCACACGUGAGUCUCGUGUCGCGAGCAGCUCGCACCGAACUGCUGCCGAUGGCGGACGCGGCCGCCUUCUACGUGCGCCUGUACGUGUUGCGGCCGGGCACGCUCGCCGUGUUUGUGGCACUGUUGGCCGCGGUGCUGCUGUGCCAGUCGACGAACGAUGCUUGGCUGCGGCUGCUGCUGCGCCGCUUCGAGCUCCUGGGCCGGCCCGACGCCGUCAAGCAGCUGCUGAGGCGCAGCCAGCCCGUCGGAUCGUCCACCGAGCGUCGCUCCUGGGAGAUGCAGGCAAAGCACGCAGGUGUAUUUGCAAUGCAGGGGCGCAGACCACGCAUGGAGGACCGCUUCUGCAUUCUCAGCAAUGAGCAGCAUGAUCUUCAUCUUUAUGGAGUCUUCGAUGGUCAUGGCGGCGAGGUGGCAUCAGACUUUGCUGAACAGCGCCUGUUUCCCUCGCUGAUGCCGAAGCUUGUGGAGGCUGUGGAGCGGCAGCAAGCCGGAGGUAGCGGUGAGACAGUGGAGCAACUGCUGUCAGAAUUCUCGCAGCUGCUCACUGACGAGAUCCUGCAGUUGGAUACCGAUCUCCUGGUCAUCCUGAAGAACCGGCACGACCUCUCGGGCUCAACACUGCUGGUGGCACUUGUGCAUGGCCAUCACUUAGUGGUAGCCAACGUGGGCGACUCUCGGGGCGUGCUGGCCGACCGGCGGGGACAGGCCCUGCCUCUCUCGUUUGACCACAAGCCACAGCAGCUUAAGGAGCACAAGCGCAUUCGGGAAGCUGGUGGCUUCAUCACCUUCAACGGCGUAUGGCGGGUGGCUGGCGUGUUGGCAACGUCCCGUGCACUGGGUGACUACCCACUCAAGGAGCGUCGUCUGCUUGUUGCCCAGCCCGAUGUGCUCACCUUCGACCUGUCUGGAGGGAACGGAGGGGGCGCCGCCUGUGCCGUGCUCGCCUCGGACGGCCUCUGGGACGCUCUGAGCAACGAACAGGCAGCGUUGCUGGCACUGCAGCACCUCGACGAACACCUCUGCGGGGCCCGGGAACUGGUUGUGCGGGCAUUCAAUGCCGGCUCCCUAGAUAACAUCACAGCACUCAUCGUGGACUUGCGCAGCCGGGCAGCGGGAAACGCUACAGUCAGCGAGUGAUUUCUCUGUGGUACACGUGCCGUCACACACCGUCUGCUGCGCACCCGGUAUGCCAGGGUCUCCGAACUCUAGAAGAGAAGCUUUGCUCCACCACUGGCCCUCUGUGUCUGCAGUGUUGGCCUUUUGCAGCUUCAGGCUUUUUGCAGUUGAAGUAGCCCUCGUCCAGCCGACAGACACACCAACUAUGGGAACUCAUCUGAGCAAACGAUGGACAGCACCAAUGGCAGAUGGUUGUAGCCAUGUGAGUGCAUGUUGCCACUGUGCAAACCGCAUUUUUCUCAUUCUCAUCUGCUGGCAAAAGCAGUGUGCAGUGCUAUUUUUUCUCAAAACCGAUGGCCUGCUAGUCGCUCAUGUGUCGCCCUCGGCCACUGCCUGCACGGAGCCCACGUUUGUUAGGUGCUGUUGGUGGCAACAUACACACAGUACCUCGUUUAUAAGUGUUUUGGUGCAGAACAAAGCAGCCUUGACUAUUUGUUUGCAUUUACUAAUGCUACCGCAUUCUCAGAUGGGUGCUGGAGUUAUCGUCCUGCAUUUAUCGUUUACGUGCUGUUACCAUUAACGGUGACAGUAACUGGACUGUUGGUAAAUACUGUAUGUAAAGCAUUGGUACAGAGGAGGACGGCUGCAAAGGCAAAACAAAAUGCAAUGUGCAGCUUCAGCUAAAAUAAACUCUGGUUCCCGUCCGUGUGCGUUGUUUUAUGAUCUCUUCAGUUCCUGUUCACUUUGUGAUUGCCUUCCUGUAUUUUUGUCACGUUCAGAGGAUGUACUACAUGCUGUCCUGACCACCCUGAUCAAAAGCAAUUGUUAACACAACGCAUUGCCUUUUUGUUGCCACUUUGACUUUGUUGUUUGAAUGCUGCUGAGCUUUCCCUACCACCUGUAAAUGAUUUGAACUGGUACGUUUGGAUGAGACUGCUAAUUAAGAAAUUACCUAUACUCCAUCUGAUGAGCUCAGUGCACUGUUGCAAAAGGUGUGGGCCGCAUCAGCCAAUCGGAAGAGAGAGCCAGAACGUCUUCGUUAUCCAUCGCUGGUUGCCCUCUGAGCAACAUUGGCUGAAUGAAAGCUUCACGGAAGGGUUAGAGCCCUUCUCCCUUGGAACACAUGACCACUUCUUGUUGGUGAUUGGCUGAUGCAAGCCCUGGUCUUCACUGCACAGCAUAGAGUUGGUGAGAGAGAGCAGAGGUAUUACCACAUAAUGCUCGUCCGUCACAGCUGAGCAGCACAACAGCUGUUCUGCUCUGAACAGGUGCACACAUAUGAAAUGUUCCUGUUAGCAGCUGAGUAUUUUCACGCUGGCAGCAUUUGUUGAUUGCAAGUGGAGGUUUUUAACUGGUCAAUCAAUGUAUAGAGUUUCUCUCGUGUAGGGUGCUAAACGUGUGUCACGUUAGCAUGGUUUGGCUGACGCUGGCUUUCGAAACGGAAAAGUUGAUUCCAUCCAUGUUUUCACUUGUGAGUGCAAUAACAAGUUUUGAAAAGCCC